AAGGUGGGCGUGGAAGACCGGCUGUCGCACUUCAUCGCGCGCUCACUAUCACCUGCACCUACCCACGCACACGCACGCGCACGCGCGCACAACUUCAUUCACCGCGUCUCUGAAGCCGAGUCCAGGCGCUCCAGACAUGUUCACGUUGACGUGACUGAAACUCAGACGAUCGCGCGAUGAUCGUCACGUUGAGGCUCCUGUCCAUCUUGAGUCUCGUGAGCUCCACAGAGUCCGAGUGCUCCUCGACUUCCUACUACAGGAACUGCUGGAUCCGGCGCUUCCCGGGACUGCACGUGGACGCGGAGGAGUCUCAGCGCAGAGGCGCGCAGCUGCUGCAGCUUUACCGCGGAGACAGCGCGCAGAACUGCAGCCGAGCCUGCUGCCUCACCUCCAACUUCUCCUGUAACGUGGCUGUGUUUCAUUACAACACCACUCAGGACAGUGUCAAUUGUUUUCACCUCCACUGCCCAACACCGCAAACCUGCAUACUCAAUCAAAGGGCUAAUGUCAUCCUCUACAAUGUUACCAAAGGCAUGGAUCCUGACUUGUUAAUAUUUGGGAAAUCCUUCCCCUCUAAUGUCCAAGUGCUACCUCAACUGGCCUCACUUAACACCUCCGACUUGUCUGGAACAGACAAACGUCAGUUCAACCGGCCUCACAUGGAGCCCAGCAGCUCAGCCCAUCCUACAAUUGUUGCCACUAGCCCCAAAACAUCUACCAACGCACCAACAUCCAGCUUUCCUAUCUCUACUCCUCCCCCUUUCUCUGUUUAUUCCACCCAAGAUAACAAAGACACAUUUCCUGCUUCAGCAUUACAGAGAUCCACAACCCUGAAGCGGCCAUCUCAACUCAUUUCUAAUCCUUCAACAGAUCCUACAAUCGUUGCUACUACAAAUGUAUCCCCAAAUCCCCAAGAGAGUACCAUGCAGCCCUCAUUCAGCUUUACUAACAUUCAAACAAGCUCAAUGCCCCAACCCACACAUACUUCCAGUACCACCAUAACACCUUCACAACUAUCCAGUCAGCUCACAUCAAGCUCAACAUCCUCUUCCCAAGUACCUUUCCUUGGAACCACAACGGCAUAUACUAUCAACCAAACCGCAUCCACAGAGUUCACAACCUUGCCUUAUUUACAAGUUAGUACAACCUUCAGUGGUGAUCAUACCACAACAACCAAACCUGUACCUUUCUUAGCUACUCCACAAAGUAGUACAGGAGAGACUACAACCACACCUGUCCCCCUCACAAGCACUCUGGAAAGUAGUACAUUAGAGACUACAACCAUGCCUGUACCACUCACAACUACUCCACGAAGUAGUACAGGAAAGACUACAACCAUGCUUGUCCCUCUCUCAAGUACUCCACAAAGUAGUACAGGAAAGACAACCAUGCUUGUCCCUCUCUCAAGUACUCCACAAAGUAGUACAGGACAAACUACAACCAUGACUGUCCAUCUCUCAAGUAUUCCACAAAGUAGUACAGGAGAGACUACAACCAUGCCUGUCCCUCUCUCAAGUAUUCUGCAAAGUAGUAAAGAAGACUCUACAGCCCAUACUACACUUACUACAGCCCAGCUAAUCUCUACAAAUGCAAUCUUAGCUUCAACUCCACUUAAUCCAGUCAAAACCAUGACUGGAUAUGUAACUACAACUACAGGACCACAAGUGAUGAUUAAUAGCUUCACAACCACCUCUUGGUCCUAUAAUCAGCCCAUAAAUACCCAAUCAACAGCAUCUCCUCUAAUGGAAAAAAGGAUCAUUCCAUCCUCAACAACAGGUGGCCUUUCUCAAGGGCUUACCAAAAUGAACUUGGCCAUCACUGAUGUUUCUGUGACUGCUAGCAGACCAACAACCUUAAAUAGACGUCACUCAUCCGCAGCAGCUCCAGAAAACAACUCUGGCCUAAAGACCUCACCAACACCCCCUACCACUGUAGAAGACAGCCAGCCAUACCCCAAUGACACAAAAGGUUACAUUAGCCGUAACGUUACGACAGGUAACAGUCCACAGCCUGUAAGUGAUGGAGGAUUGACGCAAGUGUUUCAUCUGGCAGCCAACACUGUCCUGGUAGCCUUGGCAACCUGUGCAGCCUUAGCUUGUGGUUGUUGUUGUUCAGUGUUGAUGGCAGCAAGUUGGAGAGGACGGAGGAGGAGGAAAGGGAGAUACCAGACUACACUAACAGGCAAGAAGGGCUCCAUGCGCCUCAUCAAAUACGUCUUUGUGAGGGAGAGCUCAUGAAUCAGGUUCUUCUGACACAUUUUGUCAGAGUUUUCAACAAAUACCACUUUUGUUCAACCCUGC